GACUACGCAAGACUAGUCCUUGCCUUGACGUGGAACAGCUGCCUUCUCUAAAAAAAGAAAGGUGUUUGGAAGAUUUUUGUCGAUAUUUCGUCUUCUCUAUACAUCAGAGUAGUUACUCUGAUAUAAGCCUAAGCAGCUACCAAGUGAACUAGAUUUUUAAUAAGAUUACAGGGGAAAUGGCAGAAACUACUGGAUUGAUAGUUGAUGUUGAUAAGGAUGAUGAACAGACAGAUUUGAAUUUUCAAGACUUUGGAGAUGCCUCUCUUCUUCAAGACUUGAAUGAUACUCCAACCAAACCUGCUCAAGUUCAUACUGCCUUCCAUGAUGAUGAUCCCCUAGAUGAUGAUGAGGGUGAUACUGAGCUGUUAUCUGGACAGAAGAAGCAGCCGUCACUGUGGACCUUUGAGUACUAUCAGCAGUUCUUUGACGUGGAUACCUCCCAGGUGGGCCGUCGUCUCCUCGGCUCCUUCAUCCCAAACCCUACCAAGAGCUUCCUAGAUUCCCACAUCAGACCUUCUCCUGAUCUCUAUGGUCCCAUAUGGGUAUGUAUUACCCUUGUUUUCACCAUCGCUAUCAGUGGGGACAUGGCCGAUUACAUUGUUAAUAUGCAUUCAUCAACCUACAUAUGGCAUGCACACUUCUCAAAUGUUACAAUAGCAGCAGUAGUCAUUUUUGCCUAUGCCUGGAUUAUCCCAUCUUGCCUGUAUGGAUUCUUACACCACAGAGGAAACCUAGGCGGCUAUACUUUCUUGGAAUUGGUCUGUCUAUACGGUUAUUCGCUCACUAUUUACAUUCCUAUUUCGUUGCUGUGGAUGAUUCAUGUAGAAUGGCUCAGGUGGGUCUUGGUCCUAGUUGGUCUGGUUCUCUCUAGUGCGGUCCUAAUCUUGGCCCUGUGGCCGUCGGUCAAGAGUGAUGAUAAGAAGUUUGCUGCCAUUGCUCUCUUCCUCGUAUUUGCUUUUCACGCUGGUCUCGCUAUUGGUUUCAAGAUGUAUUUUUUCCAUGUCGGACACACCGUAGAUACCACGGCGCCCCCAGUCACAACCAAGACAAUGGUUCACAACCUAACAACAGGACACAACAAGCCACCCACAUAAACUGUGCAAUCACAUCAUAUCAAAAUAAGAGUCAAUUAUUUAUAUUUCUUAUAUUUUUUCCCAUAAUGUGGGAAUUAAAGUGAUACAGAGGGUAAUCAGUAUUUCCUUCGACCGUCAAAAUUAAAAAUUGAUUUGGUAUAGCAGGAAUCCUAUUUCAAGGUGUAUCAAGUUGAAAAUAAACAGUGUGAGAAUAAGGAGCUGUAUUAUUGCCUUGUUUAGGCAAGGAAUAUCCUUGCAUUCUGAAUUCCACUUUAUCAAUCAUUAUUUAUGAUCUAUUUUUUGUCAUAUCUUAAUCAAUUCUUUGUCGCUUUUGUAUUGGCAGCAUCUCACGGUAGUUGCCCCUACAGAGUAUGUAUCCCUUCAAUUCUUUGCCCGUCACGGACAUAAUCCCUCGUCUUUAAUAUUCUUAAAUCACAAUUUUUUUUGCAGCAUCUCAUUUUGUCAUUCCACAUUUGUAGUCCAGAGGCGGUGGAACGUCAGGCUCAUACAAUGACAGUGGAGGGGCACGUAUUGUUUGGCAGACAAAAGGUGCCCCUCCACUUUCUUUUUUCCGAGCCUGAUGUUCCGCCGUCUCUGUUGUAGUCUCUUUAAUUUGUAAGCUUUCAUCAUUUGAACUUGAAGAAAUAUUAUCUUGAAUGCAACAGCAAUUUGUAUAUUUGGGAGUAAAUGAUAAGUAAUUGAAAUGAAAUGUUUAUUACAUGACUGCCAUAAAAAUUAUCUAUUACUUCUCUGCUAUAUACAUGUAUGUAUAUGAGUGUUUAAUGUUUUAUUGUCCAUUUGAAUGAUGCUGCAAUUGACAAUUUUCCUAUAAUUUGAAAAAUGAUAUACAGAUCAUAUAAAAUUGAAUCCACGGUAAUUAAUAGGUUUAUCAAGAAAUUAAAAUGAA